CAGAGACUGGGGGUGAUGGCGGAUCUACAGCAGCUGCAGGAGUUUGAGAUCCCCACGGGCCGGGAGGCUCUGCGGGGAAACCACAGUGCCCUGCUGCGGGUCGCCGACUACUGUGAGGACAACUACAUGCAGGCCACAGACAAGAGAAAGGCACUGGAGGAGACCAUGGCCUUCACCACCCAGGCACUGGCCAGUGUGGCCUACCAGGUGGGCAACCUGGCCGGGCACACUCUGCGCAUGUUGGACCUGCAGGGAACUGCCCUGAGGCAGGUGGAGGCCCGUGUAAGCACGCUGGACCAGAUGGUGAACAUACAUAUGGAGAAGGUGGCCCGAAGGGAGAUUGGCACCUUAGCCACUCUUCAGCGGCUGCGUCCUGGCCAGAAGAUCAUCGUCCCUGAGAGUCUGCCCCCACUCACACCCUAUUACAGGAAGCCCCUCAACUUUGGCUGCCUGGAUGACAUUGGCCACGGCAUCAAGGACCUGAGCACGCAGCUGUCGAGAACCGGGACCCUGUCUCGAAAGAGCAUCAAGGCGCCUGCCACACCCGCCUCCACCACGCUGGGGAGAACCCCACGGAUCCCCGAGCCGGUGCAGCUCCCCGUGGUGCCCGAUGGCAAGCUCUCUGCCGCCUCAUCCGCCUCUUCCCUGGCCUCGGCAGGCAGCACUGAAGGACCCGGUGGGGUCUCCACGUCCAAGGGGCAGGCAGCAUCCCCACCCGCUCCGCUCCCGGGAUCCACAGCCCCACCCCCUCCACCAGCCGCGGACGAGAUCUUCCUGCUGCCCCCUCCGCUGGAGGAGCUGUCUCUGCCCCCGCCGGGCACAGAGUUGCCCCCGCCCCUGGACCUGCCCCCACCUCCGCCCCUGGAUGGAGAUGAAUUGGAGCUGCCACCUCCGCCCCCGCCAGGCUUUGGGUCAGAUGAGCCCAGCUGGGUUCCUGCCACAUACUUGGAGAAAGUGGUGACACUGUACCCAUACACUCGCCAGAAGGACAACGAGCUCUCCUUCUCUGAGGGCACUGUAAUCUGCGUCACCCGACGCUUCUCCGAUGGCUGGUGUGAGGGCGUCAGCUCAGAGGGGACUGGAUUCUUCCCCGGGAACUAUGUGGAGCCCAGCUGCUGAUGGCCUGGGCAGCUGACCCAGGGGAGUGGGUGAGCCCCAGGCCAAGCCGGCUCCAGUCAUGGCUGAACUAAGUCUGGCCACCUCUUGGGCUGUGAGCUGUUUCCUGUCCCUUCCCCCAUCAUGGAGGUAAGGGGUCCUAGGGAGAGAGAGGAGGUACCCAGAGACCUGAAGCAGAGGGGAAAGAAUGGAAGCCCAAGCAAAUUGUCCCCAGAGAACCCCUACUCCAUACCAAGGAAGUCUCCAGCUGCAAGUGCCAACUUUGAAUAAAACUGAUGA